ACCCACGUCGUCAUCGCUGCCCGGUCCCUCAGGCACAAGCCCACAUUCCUAUAUAGGCCUAGUGCAAAUGCGCUGUCCUGCUGACAUAAACACCGCCCGUUGUUACGGCAUUCUGGUCAAUGUUUAUCGAUUUCCUCUUCAGGCAGUCCGUUUGGCGGCUGCAAUCCUUACUUUUCGGCAACCUCAUCGCUUCUUUUCCUCUCUUCUCCCCCACCUGCUCCCGUUCCCUCGCCGCUGUCUCUCGGAGGUGCUUGCAUUUCUUGUCUUUGUUUUUCUGCUUAAUUCGGUUUAUUUGCCUUUUUUUUUUUUUUUUUUCUUUUGAGCGUCAUUGUUGUUUUUGGGAUACCCGGGGACUGUAAAAGCCCUAUUGUGACUAUAAUCAGUUUGCAUUCAUCGCUAUACUUGAUG